UCUUUCAACUUCUAAAACCUUACUCUCGAAGACUCCUCUCUUUUUACACAUUUUACAUUCACCAAAAGAAAAAACCUUUUGUUUCCUCUACGUGAAUAAGAAGAAUCUCAAGAGCUAAUUUAUCAAGAAUGACGAGGCUCAAGCAAUUGUGGUCAAGUGUUUUAGUGCUAGCCGUGGUUGUGAUCGGAGCUAGAGCUGUGCCCAUCACAUAUCUUGAAUCCGCGGUGGCCAAAGGAGCUGUGUGUUUGGAUGGUAGUGCACCGGCGUACCAUUUCGAUAAGGGAUCUGGCUCAGGAGUGAACAAUUGGAUCGUUCAUAUGGAAGGAGGAGGAUGGUGCACUGAUAUAGCUACAUGCGUACAACGUAAAAGUACUAUGAAGGGUUCUUCUAAGCUUAUGAACAAAGACUUUGGAUUCUCUGGUAUCUUGGGCGGCAAGCAAAGCACCAAUCCAGAUUUUUACAAUUGGAAUAGAAUCAAAGUUCGAUAUUGCGAUGGUUCAUCUUUCACUGGCGAUAUUGAAGCUGUUGAUCCGGCAAAUAAGCUGUUCUUCCGCGGUGCUAGGGUAUGGCGUGCAGUGAUCGAUGAUCUUAUGGCUAAGGGAAUGAACAACGCUCAAAACGCAAUACUUUCGGGUUGUUCAGCCGGAGCAUUGGCUGCGAUUUUACAUUGCGACCAAUUCAAGUCCAUCCUCCCUAAAACAGCUAAGGUCAAAUGUGUUUCUGAUGCCGGUUACUUCAUCCACGGUAAGGAUAUCAGUGGAGGAUCUUACAUCCAAUCGUAUUACGGCAAAGUUGUAGCGACCCACGGAUCUGCAAAGAGUCUGCCUGCUUCUUGCACCUCAACCAUGAAGCCCGAAUUGUGUUUCUUCCCUCAAUACGUUGCAAAGGCCUUGCAAACACCACUUUUCGUCAUCAAUGCUGCCUUCGAUUCUUGGCAGAUCAAGAACGUUUUGGCGCCAACCUCUGUUGAUAAAAGCAAAGCGUGGAAGACUUGCAAGCUUGAUCUCAAGAAGUGUACGGCCGCUCAGCUUCAAACUGUUCAAGGAUAUAGAGACCAAGUGUUGGCUGCGUUGGCACCUGUUCGAGCAGCAACAACAAGCGGAUUGUUCUUAGACUCGUGCCAUGCUCAUUGCCAAGGUGGAAGUGCUGCCACUUGGUCCGGCGAUAAAGGUCCCACUGUCGCCAAUACGAAAAUGGCUAAGGCAGUUGGAGAUUGGUUCUACGAGAGGAGUACGUUUCAGAACAUAGAUUGUUCAUCGCUGAAUUGCAACCCUACUUGUCCUGCAGUAUCUACUGAAGACUAGAAUUUUAUUAUACACUGAUGUUUUAAAAUUGAAAAAAUUUAUUCAUCUUUGGAAUAUUGUUCUUGAAAUUUAAAAAUACAAUUUUUAUUACAUUCGAAUAAAAUGAAUUAUUUGCAAUAUAAUACUUCUACAA